GUGUGGUUUUGAUCGGGUUCUUGGUUCUUACGUUUGUGAACAGUGUUUCGUAUUAUAAAGCCCAUUCAACAUGGGUUCCUUAUUCAGGUCUGAGGAAAUGACCUUAGCCCAACUCUAUCUACAAUCCGAGGCAACAUAUGCUUGCGUUAGCGAACUAGGUGAAUUGGGUCUUGUGCAGUUCAGAGAUCUAAACCCAGAUGUGAACGCUUUCCAAAGGAAAUUCGUAAAUGAAGUGAGAAGAUGCGAGGAAAUGGAACGUAAACUUAGAUUUUUACAAAAAGAGAUAGAAAAAGCUGAGAUUGUAGUGGUAGACAAUGGAGAGAAUCCAGAAGCUCCACAUCCAAGGGAAAUGAUUGAUUUGGAGGCUCAACUUGAACAGCUUGAAAAUGAAAUGAAAGACAGCAAUGCCAAUUACGAGGCUCUGAUGAGGAGUUUUCUUGAACUGACAGAACUAAAGCACAUCUUGAAAAAGACGCAAACCUUCUUUGAAGAGGCUGAACACCAUGUACAUCAACAACAGAUUCAUGAUCCAAACAAAACAGAUGAUACUGCUUUUCUUUUGGGUGAAGAACCAAAGCCGUCUCCAGGCACUCAAUUAGGAUUUGUGACUGGUGUGAUAGCUAGAGAAAAAGUGCCYUCAUUUGAACGUCUUCUAUGGAGAGCUUGCCGUGGCAAUGUGUUCUUCAAGCAGACUGAGAUUGAAGUUCCACUUGAAGAUCCAAGUACUGGUGACCAAGUCAAUAAGAGUGUUUUCAUCAUAUUCUUCCAAGGAGACCAACUCAAGUCUAGAGUCAGGAAGAUCUGUGAAGGUUUCCGUGCCAGUCUUUACCCAUGUCCUGAAACUGCUGCAGAAAGAAGAGAAGUUGCCAUUGGUGUUGAGACAAGGAUAGAAGACCUUCAAAAUGUGUUAGGCCAAACCAAAGACCAUAGGCAUAGACUUCUCGUCACUGUGUCAAACAACAUCAAUCAAUGGUUCAUCAAGGUAAAGAAGAUUAAGGCCAUUUAUCAUACAAUGAACAUGUUCAACUUGGAUGUAACUCAAAAGUGUUUGAUUGCUGAGUGUUGGUGUCCAGUUGCUGACCUACCACAGAUACAAGAUGCUCUGAAAAGAGGAACUGAGCGWAGUGGUGCAAGUGUUCCAUCCAUUUUAAACCGCAUGACCACCAAACAAGAACCKCCAACUUUCAACAGAACUGACAAACUGACUUCAGGUUUUCAGGCUAUUGUUGACUCGUAUGGUGUGGCAAAUUAUCAAGAAGUCAACCCAG